AGAGCCAUGUCUGACAUCCUCGCUCACUGAAAGGACUGAUACAAAGCCAGUGCGACCGAGCAGAAGAGAAGGAGGGAAGGAGGCAGGGAGGGAGGGCAGAGGUAAUAAAUGCAAAAAAAGGCCGGCAGAGGAAAACAAGGGUGAACGAGAUGCACAAGAGCUGCAUCAGUUCUUGUACACAAGGAACAAAAAACAUUGUGUUCCUGAAUGGGAGCUGGUGAGCUCAACCACAGGGCGAGUGCAAUGAGAAACUGGUGCUGCUGAGCCCCUGUCCUCUCUCCCUCUGUCUCUCUCUGCCUCUGCCAGCCAGGACUGAGCUCUGGUAUGAUUUGUGGGAAAGGUUCAGGGCUUUUGUUCAGGAUUUGGAGCUUUAUGUUUUAGGAAUAUGCUGCUGGAGCGGAUUGAACGUGCUGCUAUCUGUGAUUGAAAACAGUGUGCGACGUGGAGACUCCUCUGGUUGCUGCUCCCCUCCCUGCUGCCUCUGGCUGUAUUGGGCUAUGGUCCUAACAGAGGAGCAGGGCAUCACCCAGAUGCGGCGCACCGACUGUAUGGGAGGUUAAUCCUGUAAACACCAGCAUGGGAGCCAAACAGAUGAAAUGUCUCAGCUCGGCCAGCCCUGCUCACUCCCCCAAAGAGGAGUAUGUUAUCACCCAGUCCAGUGACACCCCUAAAGAGGAAACGGUCCAUGAUCAGUCUGAGGACCACGGGGAAUCUCGGGAAGACAAAUCUGAGCUGACAGAGAAGAAAUCUGUCACAGAGGAGAUGUCUCUCUGUGGAUUGUGUCCUUCGCUUGGGCACAAUGUGCAGGAGGACGAGACGUCAUGGGAGGAGCAGCUGGACGCCCACCAGGAGCAGCUGGAGAAAGAGAUGCAGGAGGCCAGGAGGAUGGUGUUCCGCCUACAGGCGUUGCUGCUCCACGGCUCCCUCCCUGAAGAGGACCAGGAUGAAUCUGUGAGCUUCGGAGAGAGCCGGGCGAACACUGAACAGCAGCUGGUUCUAAUCCGCAGUCGUCUGGACCAAAGCAUGGAGGAAGCCCUUGAUCUCAAGAGGGAACUCCUGAGACACAAACAGGAGGCGUGCCACAUUCAGGCCAUCAAGGAUGCUCUGCAGCAGCGCCUGGCAGUGCAGGAGGAUGCUGUGCUGCAGCUCAAGCAGGAACUGCUGAGAAGCAACAUGGCCAAAGAUCAGCUGGAAGUGGAAAAUGCAGAGCUCAAGCAGAAGCUGAGUGAACAGAACAAAUUACUCAGUGGAUAUGAGCAGCAACUCGGGAGGAAGGAGAGAAUACUGCAGCAACAGCAACAAAAACUUGAUGAAGCUCAACACAAAGCGCGUGAAGUCCACCUGGCACGGUCAUUCAGGUCUGAAAGUGGUGGUUACAGUAACUCAGUGACUUUGACAUCUCCUCUAUCAUUCCUACACAAAGCACCGAGUCGGUCUCAGGGUGAAGAGCUGCAGCUGGUCAGGGAGGCACUGCGUAGUUUGAGGGAUGGAUUUUCUGGCCAUGAUCCCCAACAUCACACAUUGGAUACUCUGGAGCAGGGUGUCUCCAGUCUCAUGGACCGAUUACUCUCUUUGGACUCCCAGCGCAGACAGGACAGAGGCCCGGAGGAAUUUAAAUCUCCAGGACGCAGAGCCAACUCAACAGACCGUGACUCCUGGCCGCCAAGCUCAAAAAUGGCGCACUCACACAGCAGCCCGGGAUUGGACACCGCUGUUUCAACGAAGGUGCUCUACUUCACAGAUCGCUCGCUCACUCCGUUUCUGAUUAACAUCCCGAAAAGGCUGGGUGAGGUGACCUUGCGAGACUUCAAGUCCGCGGUAGACAGACAUGGCAGUUUCAGAUACCACUUCAAGGCCCUUGACCCAGAGUUUGGCACAGUGAAAGAGGAGGUAUUCCAGGACGGAGCCAUCGUACCUGGCUGGGAGGGGAAGAUUGUAGCAUGGGUGGAGGAGGACCACGGAGAGAGGAGGUAGAGCCCAAAACAUGAGAUCACCACUACAAACCUCAGUUGCUCCCACUGGACCAGGAUUUCACAGAAGAAAAAAAUACAUGUGAUGCCAUAAGAAAUAUUACUUGUUAUACAAUUAACUGGGACCAAUGGACCUAAUACCAUUUCAGUAUAAAAACACGUUUUAAAAAUGAAUGUUCAUAUGAAGAAUUUGACUUGAAUUUCACAUUUGGGUACCAAAUGUUUUUUGUUUGUUUGUUUUUGUGAAGGAAAGGAACAUAGCUCAUAAAUUAAUGUGGGACUACCAAUAAAUGGUCAGUAAUGUUAUUUCAAACUCUUAAUAUGAAAAAUUUUAAUGAUUUACAAAAAAUAACGUGUCAAAAAGAAGCUGUGAUCGGUACACAGUAUGCAACCCUUUCAACGAAAGUGUUGACUGACAUUUUUCACAUGUUCCAGAUUGCCAAACAGUGAUGUUGUUGUUCUGCAUCCACCCUGAUGUUUUCAUAAACAUGAAUUACUGCA